AUGAAUUUCGUUCAGCGCAUAAGCAAGUUCAGCUUCUGCAAUUCAGGUAUAAGGCAUUUUUCUGUUGCAUCCAAAACAGCACCUCAAAUUGCGGCUUUAGAAGAGCAGUGUAUAUUAGUGGAUGAAAAUGACAAAGUGGUAGGAAGAGCGAGUAAGAGAGACUGUCAUUCUUUAAAAGCAAAUGGAAGUUUACUUCUUCAUAGAGCUUUCAGCGUUUUUGUUUUCAACUCAAAAAAUCAGCUUUUACUUCAACGACGUUCGUCUCAAAAAAUCACUUUUCCGGACUGUUUUACCAACACUUGUUGUAGCCAUCCUCUAUACGAUAUACCUGGUGAACGAGAAGAAAAUGAUGCUCUGGGUAUUCGCAGAGCAGCCCAACGAAGACUUCGACAAGAAUUGGGGAUACCAACUGAGGAAGUGUCAAUAGAAGAUCUUAAGUAUUUGACUCGUAUACAUUAUCAAGCACAUAAUGAUGGUGGGGUUUGGGGAGAACAUGAAAUUGAUUAUAUCUUAUUUCUUCAUAAAGAUGUUACUCUUCUUCCAAACCCUGACGAAGUGAGUGAGGUUCGUUAUAUUGAUAGAAAUGAAUUAGAUUCAUUUAUAAAUUCGUCAGUGCAUCUUACUCCAUGGUUUCGUCUUAUAAUAAAUCAUAAUUUGCGAUUGUGGUGGGACAAUCUUUCAAAUAUCACAAAUUUUAUUGACCAUUCUAAAAUACACAAACUUCAAUAG